ACACCAUCGGUUUGAGCCCCGAGAGCUCACCUACACGCUAAGGUGAAACUGAAAUAGCCUCUCAGGGCUAUCAGUAUAGGUAGAUUUUUUUUACCCCAGAUCCACUCUCGGUGCUUUUAGGCUCAUCAAGUAACAGUCACCGUCCUAGUCAAACUCUUCGAUUACGGCGAAGAGUUCGGCAUGCGGACUAGGCCACAGACACAAUUCAAUGAGUUUCCUUUUGGAUUUUCUCAGUGGGUUGAGAUUAAGAUCCGGUGGUAGAUUCUGCGAAGCACUGCUCUUACUAAGGCUAGUGUUAGCAAAUUCUCUCAGGUUGAGCCCGUGAGCUCACCCAGUCAGAGCGUAGUUGAAAUAGGCUACCAGCGAGUAAGUAGAAAAAUAUGUACAAAAAUACCUUAGUUUAAAAAUGACAUAACAAACACGAAUAUUUCAAUUUUAUCUUCGAAAUAGCGACCACAGAUCAUUGUUUGCUUCCUACAUAAAAACCAACGAGUGAAUAACAUAGAUAAGAUUUAAAUCUCCAAAAUAAAUGUGUCAAAUACAUGAUCGCUUAGCAAUAAACAGACGGCACGUCGGUACGUAUCCGUGCAAGCUGCUGUCUCAGCGUCUACCGAGCUCUUCGAUAUUCUAUUGUGACGUGCACCAAAGCGAUUCUAUUUAUAUUAAUGUUUGUCUCUUUAUGAUAAUGUCCAAACGAGCCGAACUAAUAACUAUCAGUAUUAUAACAGACGCUAAGCGGAACGCACGUCUCAUUAUAAAAAAAAAACACGUUAGUUAAUCGACGAGAAAAUUAAAAACAAAUUAACUGAAGUUGUUAUAACAAAAACGUAAACAAAUCGGUUUCACUUCACGAGACACUUCGUCGUGCGUGUUCAAACAAACGAAAAACAAAGUAUAUUUGAAUUCGGAACGCGGGUGUGAAGAGUGCUGUUACGAAAAGUUUCCAAAUUUAAAAAUUUAUAACUCGAAUUUCGACCCAAAUCGAUGCGGAAGUAUUUAAUGAUUUUGACAGCAAAAAUUAUUUUUAAAACUAUUAUUUGAAUUUCGAACAGUGAACUUUUGAAUGAUUGACGUUCCAAACCGUGAAAACAAAUUGUUUUUGCAGUGUUUUGUUUGAAGCAUUUAGUUGCCUCAUACUACAACGCUACUUAUUCGGACUGCGAAGUAAGAGAAGUGAACGAACCUCAAGCGACUGAGGCUGUGAUGUGAACAUUAAGCGCCCAACCAUGGACCCUCAAGAAUUAGUGCCUUUAGAAGCUGGUCUUCCAAUAAUCCGCCCACCUCAGCGCCGAUGUACCCUCAGCGGCCGGUCCUGCUACCGAACACCCUUGAGGCUGUGUAGACUCCUCACUCUCCUCAUCAUACUGCCCAGCAUGUUCAUAAUGAUUCCAUUAUAUUUAAGAUAUCGCGUCUACUCGGGUCAAAUAUAUCCAAUGAGCAUGACGGAUAUGCGUCUGAUCGACAGCAAAAUAUCACCGACCUGGUGUCAGAGACAAGUCGUAAGAUCGAAUGCUACAUUCAACGCUUUCGUGGUGCCAGGUCCUCCGGAGAUGGCCGAAGAGCUUGUCCCGGUCUCCAUGACCAGAGAGCUGGAGCUAGAAGACGACAUGAAAGAGUAUUGGGGCUUCUAUCUGCUCAAGGGCUCAAGCGUUACUGUUUCAGCUUGUGUUAGUUGGCCAGGAGCCUCCCUCAUAAUGAUUAAGGGCUACAAGCAUCUCCAGGAGUGCGCCUAUAUUGGAGACGACUCUUCAGAAGAACUGGACGAGCUGAUAGAGGCGUACAAAUUGGGGCUGAUGACGAAUAGCACGUUGCUGGAGAAGAUACAAGAGCUGAAGAAAAUCGACGGGAAGGCUAACGAUCCUGACACAAUGAGGCGCCACAGAGCUGGAGUCAGCUUCUACGACGCUAACAAGACAGCUAACGUGAGCGCGCUAUCGGAGAAUGUCCACAACGCUGACGUCACCGAUCAAGAUCCAAAAGAACUGCGUGAGAUUUUAGAGAGGCUGCACGCUCUCCGUCAGGCAGUAAAAGAUGAGCAGUUAAAAUAUUACCACAUUCCUUCUCAUUUGAUGUCUCUACCGGCUCUACAUCGACAUAGAGAUGCGAACGUUGAUAGAGACGAGCGGAGAUGGUUAUCAUUUGAAGAACUCGACGGCACUAAUAGUGAACACAUUAAUAAAAAGGAAUCAUCAGAUACCAAGAAUACUACACAGGACCCUAAUGUGGAAGAAAUCAAUAAACAUAAUCUAACAACCAUCGAGGAUAAUAUAGUUCUUGAAACGACUGAAAUAUAUCCAAAAGCUAAUGGCGUUAAUGUUGAAAAUGAGAAUAAAUUUAAAACUAAUUCAACUGAACCAGAACUUAAGUCGACAAAUAACACUAUCAAACAUUUCAAGGAAAAAGAUGCUACCGUAACUCCAACCCCGUCUACUGUGCAGAAUGGAAAAGAAAUAUUAGAAUCUAAAGAAAGCAUUGAACCUGUUACCAGUCACGUGGCACCAGAAGAUUCGAGAAGACAAGAAAAUAACGAACGUAAGAGUCGUCUGAAGGACAGAAGAUACAAUAGACCGAAUGGACACAACAACCACUUAGAUAUACCUUAUACGAAAAAAUAUGAAACCACCACGACGAAAUACGAGAAUACGGAACAAAACUCAGAAGCGAGUUCACAAGAAAUUUUCGAAGAUGUAUUGAGGAGACUGCGAGCCCUGGGAGAGCGCGGGGACCGGGUGCUGCGGAGACUACACGCGAGCGUGGGAGGGACACGCCCCGGGGAGGGUUCGCACUCCAACACCCUGGCUGCGGCUCGCGGAAGCAGCGAGGAGCUGGAUCGGCUCCGUCAGGUCCUGGUAGAAGCUAUCGACGAGGAGAGAACUAGGGCGCAAAGGCAGCAGAAGCGACGUGACACUAGAGAGGAGGCGCGCGCCAGGAGGGACCUGAUGCUGCGACAGCAGGAGCUGCAACAGCUGCUGAACCAAAACGACGAGGCGAGGGAUCUCGCGGCAGAAGAAGGUCUCUCACCAGACGGCUACGCGGAACACCACGACCAAGUCAACGAGACGACAGCAUUCGACAUGAGCAAUUCGGAGUUCUGGUCGUCGUUCUCCAGCAGCGAAGAGGCGCUUCUAGAGUGCGCGGGUCUGGUGCUGUACCUGCCGCUGACGCCGCACGGUGCCUGUCGCCGCGGGGCCGGUGCCGACGACGCCCUCUCCGCCUCCAAGGCCAAUGCGCUCACGUACAGAGUCCCAGCGAAUGGCUACUACUUCUUCGUGUUUAACUCCGAGAACGAAGUGCAGAGGAACUACAUCCGGGCUCGGUUCGACCUUCAGAAGACGAAGUACGAAGUGGCGCGAAGCAAGCUGCGCGAGUGCACCAACAGCACUGCGAGAUGCGAUUUGGCGCUGGACAUAUUCUCCACUCAAAAGGUGGUCCUUGAAGUGCCUCUCCGUAACAACGACUCCUUGUGGAACGAACAAUUCGUCAUCAUAUCGGAAUGCGAACCCAGGACCUCAGUGUACAUGGUGUGCGUUAUCGCCGUGCCGUUGUUGAUAAUGAUAUUCGCCUUCCAAUGAGACACAGAAAAAAGUAUGUAAUUAUUUUUUGCGUAAGAUAUUUUUCGUGGAUUUUUGACGACGAUUCCUUUUGCCGAGUAUUGUGUCGUGUAAAAGUUGAAUUACUGUUUAGUGAGACGUACAUCUACAAACCAGGAGAACUUCUCCAGUCCACAUAAUUUUGUAAUGUGUUUAGGGCCUAGGUAAUCAAUCAAAACAAUCACAAUCCAACAAAGAGCACAGAUGAAUACAUUUGUUACUAUAAAGUACUACAGAUCUCGCACAUUGUACGAAACAUUAAACUUCAUAGUCGGAGCAAUCGUCCGGUCGUAGGACGCACGUUGUCGCCGUUCGCGUCCUUGCUCAAAUAUUGUCUUUUUCUGGCGGACUGCUUGCAAUAUGCGGCCCAGUCAAGGCGUUUAUGCACGAUUUCAAUCGGCACAAAAGAUAUUUAAAAAAUAUAUAUAAAUAAUAAUAAUAAAUAUCUAACAAAAACUGCCAAGCUGUCGUUAUAAGAUUAGUUACUUAGAAACAAGGAUCCAAAUAUUCUAUAUAAAUGUGAUUAGUAUAAGUGAAAUUAGAUAAGAAAGAUAGCUUUAAGUAUUGAGGAGUCAAAGACAAAUAACAAUUUUACGGCUUAAUACAGUUUGUUUGACAAGUUCACCCAGAACUGUGAAGGUCUAACGUGUUGUAAGUCCAAUAUGAUACCGACUACCUUUUAUUUUUAUAUACUUGUACUAGCAGACCCGGGCACACGUUGCUGUGGCUAAGGUUUUUGACGUGACAACGUCUUAUAAUUCGAUGGAGCCGGCUGCACGCACGAAAAAACAUGACUCAUGCGGCGUUACCUCGCUCUGAGGCGUUCCAUUUAAGGCUUGAAGUGCAAGCGAGAGCGCGCAACGAGCGACAAUAUCUAUCAAAUAAAUAAAAUUAAAAUUUUCUUUUGAAAAAUGAAACCAUUCCAUCAGUAUUUCCUUAUGACGUCACGUUCAACUAUCGUCAGUAAACCGACUUUACAGAAAGAACAAUUGGAUUUCGCUGUAUUGCGUUUACUACGAAAUAAAUUUCACUUAUACUUUAGCCUCAGCAACACGUGGCGUUUAUGCCAUUUAAUUGCAGCUUACGUGAAACGUUGGUAUUUUUAAAACAGCGCCAUCUAUGAGAUAUUAAUGUCAGAAAGUAUUACAAUUGUCUGUUAAAAACUGAUUUAAGGCGCCAUCUGUUUUAGACUUAUGAAACUUACAAUUAAUAACUGUAAUCAAUAUAAGAAAUCAUUUUAAUGUUAAUUAAUAAAUAUUGCGACCAUUAAUCGAAAUAAAAACCAUCCUAUGACCUAAGUUGGAACAAAACACAUAUUUAAAAAAAAAGAAGAUAAAAUCGGUUCAGUAGUUUAGGUGUCCAUCGCGGACAAACAACGUGACACGUAAUUUAUAUAUAUUAGGAAGAUAAGCGAGCUCACGACCCACCUGGUGUUAAGCGUGUUCAUUAAGCAUGGUGGGCGCAAGUUCCAAAAAUGUUUACGAGAACUACACAGCCAUUCAGUACCAGUUUGAACAAUCUGCGCAGAAUUAACUAUCAAUGGAAACUGUAUUAAGCCGUAAAAAGUGUUGAGGUUGUGAUAUUCUUAAGCGUAUUUCUUUACAAGCAUUUUUUAUGAGAUUCCUAAUAGAUAUAAGAUUGGUAAAUAGCAGUCGUAGAGGCAGCGUCUUUGAGAUUUGGUAGGUGGCCACAGUUUUUUAUUGCUUAGAUGGGUAGACGAGCCACCUGAUGUUAAGUGGUUACCGGAGCUUAUAGACAUCUCAAACGUAAAUGCCACUACCUACCUUGAGAUAUGAGUUCUAAGAUCUCAGUUUUAACAGUACAACGGCUCUCCCACCCUUCAAACCGAAACGCAUUACUGCUUCACAGCAGAAAUAGGUAGGGUGGUACCUACCCGUGCGGACUUACAAGACGUCCUAACAACCAGUAAUUACGCAAAUUAUAAUUUUGCGGGUUUGAUUUUUAUUAAACGAUGUUAUUCCUUCACCGUGGAAGUCAAUCGUGAACAUUUGUUAAAUAAGUAUUUCAUUACAAAAAUUGGUACCUACCUGCCUGUGGGAUUCGAACACCGGUGCAUUGCUAGAUACGCAUGUACCGGACGUCUUAUCCUUUAGGCCACGACGACUACAACAGUGUACCCAAUGUCCUUCACACACACGAAUGUAACACCGUUAAUUACAUUCAUUUAAGCAUGUUUUUAACUAAUAGAAUUCAACCUUGGAUUCGUUUAUAGGAAUGACCAAAUCGAGAACAAAUUCAUGGAAUUUUUGACUUCCUUUUAACUGAUACUAAAUGGGAUAAUGAAUAUGUUACGGAGAUUAUUAUUUAGCGGCACCACAAAUAUUAUUAUUUUUUCCUACCUAUGCUGAUAGCCUUGAGAGGCUAUUUCAGCUUCACCCUAACGUUUGUAGGUGAGCUCGCGGGGCUCAACCGGAGAGUUGCUAACACUGACCCUAGCAAGAGCAGUGCUUCGCAGAAUCUACCACCGGAUCGGAAACGCGACCCACUGAGAAGAUCCGGCGAGAAACUCAGUGGGCUGUGUCUGUGGGUUAGUUCGCUCGUCAAGCCCGUCGCUUGCGGACGGUGACCGGAACACCACAAAUAAAUAUCUCUCUAAAUAUAUAUCGUACAUACGUUGCUAUAAAGUUACUUAAGUAAAUUUUUGUUAACAUUGAACUUAGUAUGAGAAAAUACAUUUUUUUAUAUGUUAUUAGCGACCCGCCCUCGCUUCGCUUCGGAAACAUUAAAUUUUAUUAUUAAUUAAUAGCUGAGUCUCGCGACGUUACCCGCGGUUAUUGUCGUACCGCGAGUGACGCCGCGGGGCGAAGCUAGUCUAAAAAAAUUAGCCUAAGUAACUCCUUAUAUCAUCAGCUAAGCAUCAAAAAUUGUAAAAUAAAGGGUGCGUGUACUUAUGUACGCGCGUAAGAAGUUAUACUUUAUUUUUAUUAAAUUUGUUUCUUUUUUUAUUAUUUAAAUUUUAAUCAAUUUGAAAAAAAAUCAAUUAAACAACAUCCUCAAACACGCAUAUUGGACAUCCCUUUUCUUGACAUCGUAUAAAUUCGGUAUUUCUCGGUACGGUUCGGAAAGUUCACCUGCGGCUAUAUUCAGACUCGCCAAGUUACUUCAGUCGUAUUGUAAUGAGCGAUUUAGUGGGCAACUUCAUGUGGCAUUCAAAAUGUUAUUUUGGUGUAUGUACCGUAUAUAUAUUCGUAUGCAUGUAGUAAAAAGCGGUUAUUUCAAUAUACAAACAGACACUCCAAUUUUAUUUAUAUGUAUAGAUUAGUGAGACGAGAGAGAUGUUUACUUUUACUGAUGAAGUUUAAAGUUGUAGUUUAAAUAUUAUCAUUUAAUUGCCUAGCAGAACUAUAUAAUAAUUCUUUAAUAAGAUGAAUUUUCCAACGUUUCUCCUGAAAAAUUAUAUUAUUUGCAUAAGUGACGUACCGUAUGCGUGAUUGGUUUUUUUUAUGAUUGGCCCGAAGGCCUUUCUAGUUUCACCAAGACAAGCUGGCGAGCAAAUGCUCAGCCAGGAGGUGUGGGAUUUGCUAACAACUGCCCGAGCGCCUCCGAAGGAGACCUAACAACUCAAGAGCAAUUGCUUCGCGAAUGAAUCUACUACCGGAUCGGAAUCGCGACCCACUGACAAGAUCCGGCGAGAAACUCAGCGAGCUGAUGCAUGGGUUAGGUUGCACGUCGACCUCUAUGUCGAGUUCGAGGAGUACGGUUACCGGGGUCCCUAAGCCUUCUCCUAGUGUUAGAGCUGAAAGCGUCUAAUGUGUGAUAUGUCGUAGUCAUCAAAGACAUGAGAGAGAUGCUUGUUUGAUCGUUUUUUUAAAUAAUGCAAAGCUUAUUUUAAGCUCUGCCUACGAGUACAAUCGUAUAAAAAAAACACCACCAAACAAUGUUACAAGUUUAUUUUGGAUCGCGUAUUAACCUAACUAACAUCACGAGUGCACGCAUUCUUGUUUCAAACAUGCAAUAAGAAAUAUUCAAGGUUAGAAUUUUUUUAUUUUUUUAUUGCUUGGAUGGAUGGACGAGCUCACAGCCCACCUGAUGUUAAGUGGUUACUGGAACCCAUGGACAUCUACAACGUAAAUGCGCCACCCACCUCGAGAUAUAAGUUCUAAGGUCUCAGUAUAGUUACGACGGCUACCCCACCCUUCGAACCGAAACGCAUUACAGAUUCACGGCGGAAAAAUAGGCGGGGUGGUGGUACCUACCCGUGCGGACUCCCAAGAGGACCUACCACCAGUGAUUACGCAAAUUAUAAUUUUGCGGGUUUGAUUUUUAUUACACGAUUUUAUUCCUUCAACGUGGAAGUCAAUCGUGAACAUUUGUUGAGUACGUAUGAAUUCAAUCAAAACCAUCGCAAGAUACUAAUUAAUUAACAUCAAGGCAUUGAACACAGUUAACGGUCCGACCACAAUCUGGUACAUCAGAACGUCGUCCGAUUUCAAUUGAAACACGCGGGCUUCUUGGAAUUUCGAUCAUUUCUUGGAUAGGAGUCUCGGAGUUCAAUAGUUUGCUAUCAACACAGAGCCGCAAAGAAUAGAGGCGGCUAUACACAUAUACCUCAAGUAAGCUACCCAACUAAUGGGUAACACACCUUACUGGUGGUAGGACCUCUUGUGAGUCCGCCACACUACCACCCUACCUAUUUCUGCCGUGAAGCAGUAAUGCGUUUCGGUUUGAAGGGUGGGGCAGCCGCUGUAACUAUACUUGAGACCUUAGAACUUAUAUCUCAAGGCGGAUGGCGCAUUUAUGUUGUAUAUGUCUAUGGGCUCCAGUAACGACUUAAUACCAGAUGGGCUUUGAGCUCGUCCAACCUUUUAAGCAAUAAAAAAAAAACCUUUGCUUUGCUUUGCUAAAUAUCUGUGACUGAUUGGGAAGAGUUCCGGAUCAAUACAGAACUGUAGAGGACUAGAUUAGAUUAAUUAAAUUAAUUAAAUUAGACUAAUUAGAGGCUAGGUUAGAUGUUGUGAUUAUAUUGUAGUCUAAUGCGGGACCAGUUCCAAACAGUCCCGAGUAGAGCACUCGCAAUGCAUUAUUAAUUAGCUAAUGUAAUAGUUAAUCAUAAUAAAUUAAUUGAAGUAAAUAAAAUUCAAUGAGAUGCACGGAAUGACGAUUUACAGUCAUCGAUCGAUACGUAUUGACCGUGAAUGAAAUGUUUUACAUUGAAUACAUAACAAACGCGCCGAGGCUUUGUGACAGCGGUGAUGGUAGCAUAGCGGGUAUAGCGCAUACAAUUUCUUAUUCUAUACAUAUACUGUAUGGGAAGACAAAGACACGGCUGGACUGGUGGUCAAUGAUUAGCGCAGCAAGACAUUGAAACGUCAACCCUACCACCCACCUUAAGGCUAAGGAUCAAAGUCUAAUUUGAAUAGUAUAGUGUCUGUCUUAUCCUUGUAUGGGCAAGGGCGGAUCCAGCUUUGGUGCCAGGAGGGGGUCACAUAGUCAUGGUCAAGUCAAGAACUUAUAAUUUAAUUUUGAUAACAAUAGAUACAAGUAAAAAGUAGGUAUUUUAUUAAUGUACGUAAGUGCUGUAGGUACUUAAAAAUAUUUAUUCUUUAUUGUACACUUGAAAAACUUAACACAUAAUAACUUGUACAUACACACGUACAUAUUGUCAUCUUCUCUUGAAGACAUCCAGAGAAGCACUAUCACGCCCGGAAUGAGGCAGCUUAUUUAUAUUCCAUAACCGUGGUCCUAAAAUCAUUAUGUUCAAUAUGUGGUCCACCUGGAACCAGCUCAGGGGGGGGUCAUGACCCCCAUGACCCCCCCUGGAUCCGCCCUUGUGUAUGGGUCAGCGUGUUGGACCACUAAAACGGUGGAUGAAAGGCGAUUGCAUGGAGCAGAGAUACGAAUGUUGCGAUGGAUGUGUGGAGUAACGAGAAUGGAUAGAAUACGGAAUGAAUAUCUUAGAGGAAGUUUGAAAGUAACACCCGUGACAGAGAAGUUGAGGAGUGCGCGUUUGGGAUGGUAUAGACAUGUGAUGAGACGACGAAAAGAAAAUGAGGUUCGUAAGAGAGUUUUAACUAUGAGUGUGGAAGGUUUUAUAGGAAGAGGUAGACCUAAGAAAAAAUGGAUGGAUUGCGUGAAAGACGAUAUGUGUAAGAGGGGAGUGAGUGAAGAAA